AUGGCAGACGCAACUGAGAAGAGGUAUGCAGUCGUUACAGGAGCCAACAAAGGGGUUGGGUUUGCAGUGUGCAAGCUCCUGGCUUCCAAAGGGAUUGUGGUGGUAUUGACUGCUAGAGAUGAGAAGAGAGGACUUGAAGCUAUUGACAAGCUGAAAUUAGAUCGUGAUCUCUCUGAUAAUGUGAUUUUCCACCAGCUCGAUGUCUCUGAUCCCGCCAGCGUUUCAGCUCUUGCUGACUUUGUGAAGCACAAAUUCGGAAAGCUCGAUAUUCUGGUGAACAAUGCUGGUGUUGGCGGAGCCAUUGUCGACGCUGAUGCAUUGAGAGCUUCCGGCAUUGGAACGAAGGAAGUCGAUUGGAGUAAAAUUUUGACGGAGACCUAUGAAUUGACUGAAGAGUGCCUGAACAUUAACUAUUAUGGUGCCAAAAGGAUGGUCGACGCAUUCAUUGGCCUCCUCCAACCAUCAGACUUGCCCACGAUUGUCAAUGUUUCCUCGUCGAUGGGGAAGCUAGAGAAUUUACCGGAGGGCUUGGCUAGAGAAGUAUUUAGCAAUGCCGAAAGCCUCACAGAAGGAAAAGUGGACGAGGUAUUAAAGGAGUUUCUAAACAAUUUUCAACAAGGUUCUCUAAGGACCAAAGGCUGGCCUGUUGAUGUAUGUGCCUAUAGAGUCUCUAAAAUGGCCUUGAACGCGUACACAAGGAUUAUAGCAGCAAAGCACCCCACGUUCCGUAUAAAUUGCAUCUGUCCCGGAUUUGUCAAGACGGAUAUAAAUUGCAACACCGGCGUCUUGACUCCCGAGGAAGGUGCGGAGGGUCCCGUGAGUCUCGCCUUGUUGCCCAAUGGCGGUCCAUCUGGUCGAUUCUUUCAAGGGACAAAAGAGGCUACAUUUUGA